AUGAAGGUUCCUUCAACCCCUGGCCGGGACAGUGGAACUGCACAGUUUGUCUGGAAGGCGGUGUGUGUCCACGCAGUCGCAUGCGCCUGCCUCUGCCGUGCCCCUGCGGCUACGAGUGCAGCGGUCGUGGGAGGCAACGGGCAUCCGACCUCUGCCCUGCCGGACUCAUGUGCGAGGAGGGAUCGCGUAGAUUUUCCCGCUGCGAGGGACCUCAUGCAGAAAAGCAAAGCAGCCAUGCAGCUCUUGGCGGUUGCCACAGCUAUCGAGCCGCAGCUCUGCGAACCCAAGACCUUCGACAUUCGUGUGGAUACCAGCUUGCAGCGUGAGCGUGAGAAGAUCUGCGUGUACGGCAUCGGCCAGCAGUUCGUUGAAUACGCGAGGCUUCUCACCGUCCCGCGGGUGGCAAACCGUUUCGGCUGGUCGCAGGACCAGUUUGUAAACGGAACCCUGGUGGGCCGAGCAGCCUGCUGUUGGUCGCCGGAGCGGCUGCAGCAAUCCUUCGACACUAUAGCUGCGGAGUUCAAAACGGCAAACGACACGCUCUCUGCGAGAAGCUUUGCCCGGCUUUCCAGCGAAAUCCGUCUUCGUACAGCCGCAGAGCGGGACAUCGACUUCCAGUCGCCAGGAUUCGAUGGCCUUACCCUGCUGAAUAUCACGGACGACGAAUUCCGCGAGGAUUUGGUGAUCCUCUAUCCCCAGAUCGGCCUGAGAGUGAGCACCAACUUUGCCAAGUUCUUCCAGUUCAGUCUGCGAUCAGCCGUUGAGCCAGUAAAAGAUGACCAGGCUCUGGAACUUCAGACGCCCUCUGCCCUGUCCAGCUGGUGCCUACUGCAAUGCGGGCACCUGUCCACGAUACUUGCUCACAGGGAUCGUGGAUGUGGACUUCGAUCGGCCCAGCAACGCCCUGGAGGAGGCAAGAAGGCUUGCAGAGACCCACUACACCGAGAAGCUACGCGAAGUAUUUUACAACCGCACCUGGAAUGUCACCAUUCCUCCGGACAUGGAGCAAGGGGAGGAGAUGGGUGGCCAUGCAAACGACUCCAACGACUCGUCCUGGUCGCCCCUCAACCGCUCGCACAGGUGGGACAAGCCAUCAGACUGCUUCGACAAGAACGAGACGGAGCCACAGGAGGGCAAGACAAGAACAUCUGCGCCAAAGCAGGAUGCUACCUUCGAGAACUUCCGUGUUCUCAGCGAGUUCCAACAGAUGUCCACGGAGACUUUGGGCGCUCCAGCGCCCCUUCAGAG